UUUCUUCAUCACCACCUGAACUGCGAGUCAAAUUAAUAUUUAUAUAUGUAUAUUUAGUAUUUCAUUCACGAUUACCUUUGUCCAAUUCCUCCUUUUAGACGACUAACAGGUGGUAAAUGUUGCCAAAGUGUGUCUGCCUAAACAGUCGAUGGUAACCAAACAAAAUGAACCACAUGAAGAACAUAAAAGAAAUGCUGAGCAUCCCGACUGGAAACAGAAAUGUGGCUACCAGUGGCUACUCCAGUUUCACAGACUCUCAGGUUUUCUUUGGGUCUCAGUUUUGGCCUGAAAAUUCCCAAGGCACGUCUCAAGAUAUGAGUGUGUCAUCCAGGACAUCACAACAAAGUUCAGAGGGAAGUGACCCAAAGUUUUCAAGCAGUUAUCCCAAUAAACCGUUCCUGUUUGGAGAUAUAAAGGACAAGAGCAAAGUUUUCGGAAUACUCGAUAAAUUUGAAGAGGACAGGAAAAGGACAAAAGAAAAAACCGACGGAGAUAUUUUGGCCAAAGAAUGUAUUCAUUUUCGAGAAACUCUCAGCAAUAUCCAACAACUGGUUGCUGGCACAGAGAGAAAUACUGCUGUUUGCAAAACAGUUCUUGAAAAAUUUGACAAUUUUGCAUCAGCAUUACAAAAUAGUCUCAACGGUCUUCAGAGUGAUGUUUCCCAGCAGUUUGAGACUCUGUUGAAUAAAGUGAACUCCCACAAAGAGAUGCUGACUGAACUGGAAGAGAAGAUGCAAAAGAGUGGUGACACUACAGCAGAACUUGAUUCAAAUCUGCAAAGCUUAAAGAACAGUCUGGAGUGUCUGAGAGAAGAGCAGGAGAGAGAACGAAGCAUGCUUGAGGAGGCUCUUAAGCUGCUCAGCACUUUAGUCUCAGAGCACUCAGCCAAACCCAGCACUGAGAGAGUGACAGACAGUGCCAUCCAGACAUCACCACGGCUGGAACAGCCAUUCUCCAACACCCUGCAGGACAACAAGCUUGAAAGGACACCGCAGGCAUGUAACUCAUACAAUCUUGAACACAGUCAGGCUGCAGCUGCCGCUCAGUAUCCCGGCUGCUUCAUAGGAAAGAGGAAGUUGGCUUCGAGAGGCCGUAUGAAGUGCAAAAAGCGACCACUGGUGCUCUCCCAAAGGAGUAAGCAAACUGUCACGGAUGAAAACGGACAGCUUCUCAUGAACUGUGACAAACGACUAAAUGUUUCAACGCCUCUCCGUGAGCGUCGUGAUCAAAAUAUAGUAACCAGCCAGGAGAGUUGCAACUCAGACUGUCCAGUACUGCCAAACAAGGAGGUGGGAUGCAAAGCUGAAGGACGUUUCAUCACACCUCUCAGCUGCUGGUCUCAGGACAGCAACAGCUCUGUUGUCUCAGGAGUCAAACCCAUCUCAGAGAAGCUCUCAGCUGAGUCCAAGAGAGGAAGCCCAGUGAAACCUGACGGCCUCUGGCAGUUGUUUGACAUGGAUUAUGAUGUAGGCUUUUAGAGGAGAUGAGUAAAGAGGUCAGAGAGUGAAGCAUUACUGUUACUAUCUUUGGAGUAAAACCCAAAAGUGUUUAUUGCUAUAUUUAUUGUUUCUUGAAACCUGUGUUAUAUUAGUUGUAAAGUUAUUUAGUUUUUGAUGAAUGAACACUGAUCAAUUAUUUUUUCUCAUAUUUUAAUAGAGUUAUAUGAAUGUAAAAAGGUACUGUAAGUUUAGGACAGGCU